AUGAUAAAGCAACCUGCCAAGUCUAAGAGUCGGGCUCCAAUUGCUGGCGGUAAGUGUGGUUCUUUGACAACCGUGUCAUAUGAAGAGGAUGCGCAAAGCGAAACCUCAAACUCGGCAGAGUUUUAUCUGCUAGAAGGCUCAUCAGUCAAAGAGUAUCGUUUUCAAGAGCUUCGCCUCGAGAGUCACAUUGCGCAUCCGUUGAGAACCUCGAUCAUUUGUCUAAAAGUCGCGCAAUAA